CUUCAUAAGCCAAGAAAAAUCUACGGAGAUGGAGUCAAAACUCGCCUCUCUCAUUUUCUUAGCUGUUAUGCAUAAAGGUUUUGUUGGUGCUUGGCCACAUCCUAGCAACGGAUUACGGGAAUGCCACAAAAACCUGAGCCUUCUGGCUCUGGAGGUCUUACCUGGGGGGGGAUGGGAUAAUCUUCGGAACCAGGAUAUGGGCCGUAUCAUGAACUUCAGUUAUUCCCAGUGCCAGACCACUGAAGACGGCGUCUAUCUGAUUCCAGACGAGGUGUUUGUCAUCCCGCAGAAGAUGACUGCUGUGGAAAGUGGAUCGGAUUUCUUUGAGCACUGGCUAAAUCACACAAGCUCAACCUCACAAACCAUCAAUACUGAUGCUUCUUUCCUGCCAGUACUCAAUGCAAAGUUUUCCGCGGACAAUCAGCGUUCCAAAAACUAUCAAGUGCGGGACGAUGCUGUGACCUCUCGUGUGCAGGUGAGAAACCACAUAUACAUAGUGGAGGCAUUUCCUGACUUCACCCUGGACUCACGUUUUACUCAGCAAGUGAAAGAAAUAGCAGACGCCCUGCUAAUGAACAACACUCGACAUGCAACGUUCCUGUCAGAGAUGAUGGUGGUUGACUAUGGCACCCAUGUGAUCACCUCAGUGGAUGCAGGUGCCACUCUGGAGCAGGAAGAUCAUGUUGAACACUCUUUUUAUAUAAAUACUGAAAAAACUAAACUGUCUAGAUCCGCCAGCUUAAACUUUUUCAAAAUCAUUAAGUUUGACAUGGACACAAAAGAGAGUCAUGAGUCAUCUGAGACUGAAGCUUACAAAACCAGCCUCACACACUCACUAACACAAAGCCACGGGGGCCCCGCAUUCUACCCAGGGAUCACUUUAAAGACCUGGCAAGAGAGCACGCUAAACAAUCUUGUUGCCAUUGACCGGUCAGGUCUUCCUCUCCACUAUAUUCUGAACAGCGCAACUCUGCCAGACCUUCCAGAGGCUACCAUAGAAAAAGUGGCCCAUUCUGUGCGCAAGGCCAUACAGCUCUACUACGAUGUUAAUACACGGCCAGGAUGUGUAGACUCCAAGUCACAAAAUUUCAAUUUUCAAGCUAAUGUCGAUGACAAUUCUUGUUCAGGGCCAGCGACUAACUUAAGCUUCGGUGGUAUUUAUCAAACAUGUACUCCCAUAGCUAUAGAUGUACCUCUGUUUUGUGCAGUGCAAGAAGUGAAGAAUCCAGACACUGGGGCCUUCUCAUGUCGUGAGCCUUAUUUCCCCAUACUUUUACAGUCUGUCGUGAUUGAGGAGCAUUACAAUACAACUGAUUGCUAUGAAGAAUGUGAAGGUUUUUUUUUUAUUGAUUGCCAAACUAUUUGUAAUGUUAUAUAUCAUGUUAGGAGUGCAGAAGUCAACACGCACUGGUGUACAACAGAUAAAAAAACAAAACCUUUCUCAGGGUACCUCUUUGGUGGUCUGUACAGCCCAAAUGUUGAGAAUCCCAUAACCAGGUCUAAGGGCUGUCCACAUAAUUUUUUCUCACUGAAAUUUCUGUCCAAAGAUUUUAUAAUCUGUCUGAGUAAAGAUUAUGAACAGGCUUCUUCACUUUCUGUGCCUUUUGGAGGCUUUUUCAGCUGCAGGGCUGGAAACCCCCUGGCUUCGUCUCAGUUUCGCUGCCCACCAGAGUUCAGCCAACACCUCCUCACAAUAGACGAUGGGUGCCAAAUUAUGUACUGUGUGAAGUCUGGUGCAUUUACAGGUGGACCAUUGAAACCAAUCAACUUGCCCCCAUUCACUCAUCCAGCACUUAUCAGAAAAGUUAACAACACCAUGCCAGUCAUGAUAACUGAAGGAGAUCAGUUGUGGCUUCGGAAAGGAAAUUCAAAUUCAUGGCAACAGGUCAAGUCAGGGCAGGUUAAGAAUGUGAGACACAUGUCAGAAAGCGGGAAGACUACUGUAGGUGUAGGUGUCACAAUUAUAAUCAUCCUAGUUUCUGUAAUAGCCUGCAUAGUAAAGAGGAAAUUCGGGGACUCUGAGGCCUUUAAUGAAAUUCGCAGGGGGGGCUAUGAGACUUUUCCUAAUGCUGAGCCCGAUUCAAGGGUGUAGAAAGAGGACCGACUAUGUCCAUAUUACAUUGAUUUAUGCAAUUUAAUACCAUUGUUAUCUGUGUUUAUAUUGCCAUCAUGCUAUAUCAGUGUAAAAUGUAGCUCAAAUGAAAUAAUACUAAUAAUAGCAUUCUCAAAACUAUAAGCAGGGGAGUCCCAAAAAAGUAUAUUUUGAACUCUGAACUUUGCAUACACAGCUCAAGUUGUGAACAAGCAAUAUCCUACAAAUAAUUUAAAGUUCUCAAACUAUGAGUUUUAUGAAGUGGU